UGUUCUUGUUGAUUUUCGAAGCUACCCCAUUUGGAAACCCUGAUAUUUUCCGGGGUUUAAAGAUGAAGCUUAGGAGGUCAUUGCUGAGGCUUUUUCUAGGGUUUCUGUUACUGUCCUUCUUCCCAUCGUCAAUGGCAAGAUUCGUUGUGGAGAAGAACAGCUUGAGGGUGACCUCGCCGGACAAAAUCAAAGGUACAUAUGACAGUGCGAUCGGGAACUUCGGGAUUCCUCAGUAUGGAGGUAGCAUGGCUGGGACUGUUGUUUACCCUAAGGAUAACCAGAAGGCUUGUAAAGAAUUCGAUGACUUUGGGCUUUCAUUUAAAUCGAAACCUGGAGCUCUUCCCACAAUCCUUUUACUCGAUCGUGGAAAUUGCUUCUUUGCUCUGAAAGUCUGGAAUGCUCAGAAGGCAGGAGCUUCUGCAGUUCUUGUUGCGGAUGAUGUUGAGGAACCCUUUUAA